ACGCUCCAAACAAAAACCCUCCGACACGCACGCUCCCAACUACUCUCUCCGUUCAUCACUCACUCUCUUUGUUUUGUAUGAUUUCUCUGUCUUCGAGUAACAAUCAUGACAAUAGGAAGGUGUAAUCUGUUUCGCUUGUCAUCUCUGUGGGGUUAAGGUGAACUGUAAUGUACUACGGCUGUCACAUUUCUCCCGUGGGAGAACCUUCACCUGACGUGAUGGUAUGUAGCCGCAUGGAAAAUUUUCACAAAAGUCAUAAAUAUCAAUCCUCACUCUCCUUCACGUGUACUUAUUCGUAACAUCCAUCCCCGCCCCACCCUCCCCGCUCUCUCCUUGUCUCUCCAUCUCUAACUUCUUCUCCUCCCGAUUCCGCUCGGUCUUUGUCAAUGCUAAACGGCUCGCUUGUCUUUCAUCCCUCCCAAUUGUCAUCAAAACAACGAGUUUAAAUAGGAGUGAAAUGGGGUGGGCGGCGACGUAAAACCCGAUCAAGGUGAAAAACAUUGCGGGAAUCUAAAGCGGAAUGCGCUCCUCUAAUUGUAUCACUUUGCCUUAGCGAGUCGUAAGCGAGAGACAUGGAUACUGAGGGGUUCCAUUGUGUCUUCACACCUUGUCUUAACCUACUACAUCUCCUUAAUCACCACCAGUACGCCCUCCCGGUAUGGUAGCAAUUUAGAAGUUCGAAGAUCUUGCGUUUCGAAUUUCAAAGUUAUACUUUAGCCCUCGUUGACGCACUACUACGAGCGUUCAAUUGUGAGAAUUCAAUAGCCAUGUUAACAACAUUUUCGUAGUGAUAUAUUUAGGGAUACUGCAACGAAAGGUUUGAAGUCCGCCUCAAGAACGAUUCUAACGUUGGUAGAAGCGAGUUGGUUUUCCUUGAGGUACCUAAACAUCUUGAAGCAUCGACUAUGUACACUGUUAGCGGAUCGCAUCCCUUCCAGUUAUCCAUCUUCUGUUUUGUGUUGCUAUGCAACUGCAUCCAUCUUUCGGCUUCUCCAGCCCGCCUCUCAGCCAGCUGGCCAAAGCUCCGAAUAUUCGGAGUCAACGGCGUUCAUGAGUCGCCUCGUCGCAGAAUACCCCCUUCCACCGAGGUCAUUACCUCACCGCCGAUAUCGUCGUCGGGUUCGAAUAAUCUCCAUAUAACUAAGACGUCAUCGUCUCAUUCAAAUCAUCAGCCUUUAUCGUUCGAUCCCCUGACAUCAUCCUCAUUUUCGACGUCAUCUCAACCACCGCAACAACUAGACACAUCAUUCCCCUGUCCGAACUGUCGUAUGCGGAAUACAAUAAAACCCGAUGUCGGUGAUCAGGGGUCGUUGUCGACGAAGAUGUCUGCGGCUGAGAAGGAAUACCGAAUUCAAGCUCUCAAGAAGCACAUCCUGGAUGCCUUGCACCUCCAGUUUCCGCCGCUCGUCAAAGGUGACACUCCGAACGUUGACCCGAAGGUUAUUGAGAAAAUUUUUAGCGAGUCAGAAAAGUACGAAAUAGAGGAUGACGAAGAUUACGAGCAUGACGUCGAGAAAACCAACAAGCAACUUAUAGUAGGCGUAGCAGGUGAGAUAGGUGGCUAUGGCAACGAGCAUAAGGUCAAACUCAGUUUCGUUAUACCAGCUGACGUUCAACGGGCUAACUCUGUCAGGGGAAAACUCUGGCUCGGUAUCACAAACUCGUCGAGCGCCACCACCGGGUCACUGUUCGUCAUCCAACGGUUGUAUCGAAAAUAUUUCGGCACGAAUGUCGUCGGCGUCCAUCGCAUGGAGAGUACACCAUCGCCAGGGAGUUGGAUAAGCAUCGAUUUGUCAUCGAGUCGGUGGUCAGCUAGGGAGUCGUCGGUAGUCAUGGAAGUCAUUCCAGACCCCGCCCAACCGACCGUCGAUCUCGCUGCCGGCGCUGUGUUAGAGGCGAGACUCGAACAUGCAUCAAUGAACUCGACUGCAGGAUUGGCUUACUGAUCGAGCCCAACCAAUCGAGCUGACAGAUGGGUAACGUGUCGUGUCGCCAUGAAUAUUCAUUAGGCGUAGUCUGACUAAAUAAACCCUAUUAUAUCGUCAUUCCCAUACACUUAUUCAUGAAAACAGUUACGGCUACGGUAUACUGCCCUCUCGCGUAGGGUACACAAGUACUGACGGAAAAAAAAGAAUCGCUGCCGGUUCGGCCCAGAUGGGCAUUGUGAACAGAGUCGCUCUGAUCGAUAACGCUCUUGGCCUCCUUCCUGAAUAGUUUGAGAUUGCAGGGCCGCACAUUCUAGGAUUUUGCGGGGGGUGAGAGAACCCCCCCCCCCCCCCCUGUAACGUAGAAAAAAAAAUUCUCGAGAAGGCAAAUGUCAACAGUUUUGGUGUUGAUAAGUUUGUUCAUUUAUGAAUAUAUUUUUUUCGGGGGGGGGGGACUUGCCAAUUACUUAAGGGGGCAAAUGUCGAUCCAUUUUAUUUUCAUGGUCGACAAAAUUUCUGAAAAGUUUUCUGGAUCAUGCUUGGGAAAGAUUAUACAUAGGCAGUGGAAUAUGAUAAUGGCCAUUGGUUGGUUGCGGUUGGUUGCGAUUUGGAGGCGAACUUUAUUUAAUUUUUAUUCCGUCAACGUUUGUUGUGUUUUUCUGGAGAGAAAAGGGAAUUAGUGCAAAAUGAGAUUCGAAAGGUGAUAUUGCAAUGCGUAAUCAUAAUGUAUAAAUGAUCGUAAUAUGAAGAAGUAAUUGAUUAGUGAAUUGAGGUAAAGAUUGUUGUAAAUUGAUAUCAUUCCAAUGUCUUGAAUAUUUUUGAAAUAUUAAUCUUGUAUUCUUUUAUUUGGUCAUUAAUGCAAUAAAGCCAUGAGCCAAUGCACACUGC